CGGCGAGGUGAGACGUCACGAGCGUCAGUGGCGACGUGGAGACGCAGAGCUAAUAGAGUCAAUACAGCCUCAAUUUCCACUGUCAAAAACGCUCUACUGGACAUUUAACAUCACUAAUUACAACUCGUUUACUUUCAUUCGUCUGAGAACACAUAGGCACCUGUCUAGAGAACCGCGAGUAGCUUUUGUGAGGCGUUGUCUAAUCUGACAUUCAUCAGGUUUUGCUCGGCUGAUGAUGAGGCUCUGAGGAAGUCUCUGGUGGUUUCCGGGGGCGAUGGGUGCAAACACCAGUCAGGUGAGCGACCUGUCAGAGAGCCAGAGCAUCCGCACUCUGAUUGGUCCAGACGCCAUAUCAGAGAAUGAGCCCUUCUGGAACCAGCUGAUCUCAUUCACCUUUACCAGCCCCACCUGCAGUGCUGAUGCUAAGCUCCUGGAGGAGGCUGUCGUCCCGCUGGCCAAGACUCUGAUUCAGAACAACCCCAGGUCCGGGAACUUCGGUGCGUUGGUGAGAGUUUUUCUCAGCAGAACCAAAGAACUGAAGAUUUCCACAGAAUGCCAAGAUCAGUUGUUCAUCUGGCAGGCCCAUAAUGCUUUGUUCCUGGUGCGCUGUUUGCUGAAGGUCUUCAUCAGGGAGAAUGAAGAAGAGCUGCACUUACAGUUCUCCUACCAGGAGAGGGCGCCGGGAACCUACGAUUCCAUCUGUGAGGAUCUUCUGGAGGAGCUGGUCUGUAAUUUGGUGCAUCUCAUCGUCGAAGUGCCGCUUCUUGACAUCACCUACAACAUCCUGUUUGAAGCUGUGACCACCCUUCUGGUGCUGCUGUCCUAUCAGCUCUUCCAUAAGGAGGUUCUGAAGGAGGGGCUUAUUUACAACUACCUGACCAGAGGACGAUGUCUGUCUCUGACGAGUCGUCUGGUGAAGACGCUGCUGUAUAACUUCAUCAGACAGGAGAAAUGUCCUGCCGCCACACACGUGUUGCAGACGCAGUCAGACGGAGGAGGCCUGCUGUACGGACUCGCAUCAGGAGUCGCCAGUGGGUUGUGGAGCGUGUUCACAUUAGGCGGAGUCGGCAGCAGGCCGGGGGUGGAGCAAGAUCAGAACCCUCUCCCGCUGUCCAAUCAGAGUCUGUUAUUACUGCUGGUUCUGGCCAAUCUGACCGACGGCCCGGACUGUCCGAACCCUUACCGCCAGGCUGUUACCUGCUUCAAAAACACUCAAGAUUCCUCAUCCAUCCCGUCUCCUCAGCCUCACACGUUUCAGAUCAACUUUAACAGUCUGUACACAGCGCUGUGCGAGCAGCAGAAAUCAGACCAGGUGACGUUACUGCUCUACAUGCUACUGCACCAGAACAGCAACAUGAGGACGUACAUACUGUCCCGCACGGACAUGGAGAACCUGGUGUUGCCGAUUCUUGAGAUCUUGUAUCAUGUCGAGGAGAGAAACUCUCAUCAUGUGUACAUGGCCCUCAUCAUCCUCCUCAUUCUCACGGAGGACGAAACCUUCAACCGCUCCAUACAUGAAGUGAUAUUGAAGAACAUCUCAUGGUAUACGGAGCGCGUUCUAACGGAGAUCUCUCUGGGCAGCCUGUUGAUCCUGGUUGUGAUUCGGACCAUCCAGUUCAACAUGACACGGACCAGGGAUAAAUACCUCCACACGAACUGCCUGGCUGCCCUAGCCAACAUGUCGGCCCAGUUUCGUAACCUACACCAGUACGCCGCCCAACGAAUAAUAAG